AUGUCUGAUAAAGGAUCCAUCAAUCUGGCAUUGUCCAAGAGACAACCGCUGCUCAAAGACAAACCUGCUGCUGGCGACGACCAGUCCCUCCUCCCAAAGGCAACCAAGACUCACCCCAAGGGUAGCAAAGGCGAUGAAAAUGCGAAUGUCUAUUUCAUCGGAACGGCGACCACCAUAAUCGAAUGGCAAGGCUUUCGUCUUCUCACAGAUCCAAACUUCCUUCAUGCUGGCGAUCACGUUCAUCUUGGUCCUGGUGUGACUGCCCAAAGACAGACCAACCCGGCGGUUGAUCUACAUGAACUGCCUUCGCUGGACGGGAUCCUUCUCUCACAUUAUCAUGAGGAUCAUUUUGAUCGACUGGUAGAGGAUUCUCUCAAUAGAGACUUCCUGAUUGUCACCACUCCGCAUGCCCAUCAAUGCUUGACUUCAAAAGACCCCCCCUUCACCAACGUCAAGGCACUCGACUUUUUCGAUCACUUAAAGCUGAAGUCCGAUGAUGCAGAAGCUGGAAAGCAAGCUCUAGUGAUCAAUGUCACUGGUAUGCCAGGCAAACACGUUCCUCCUGGUCCCUUAGCAGUAGUGAACGACCUCCUCGGUGCAGUUCCACCUACCAAUGGCUGGAUGAUCGAGCUUGGUUAUCACAACGAUGGAGACGGCAAAGUGCAAACCGGUUACCGUAUCUACAUCUCAGGAGAUACUCUUCUUGUGGAUGAGCUGAAAGACAUUCCAAAGUGGCUCCAAAAUGAACGUAUCGACUUGAUGCUGAUACAUCUGGGAGGAACUACCAUUCCUGGGCCGUCAGCACCCCUGAUCAUGGUAACCAUGGAUGCGAAACAAGGAGUUGAGAUGAUCAAGAUGAUGGAUCCAGAUGUCACCAUCCCUAUUCAUUACGAUGAUUACGACGUAUUCAUGUCACCACGAAAGGAUUUUGAGAAGGCUGUGAAAGAGGCAGGGUUAGAGGACAGAGUUGUGCUCCUGGAUAGAGGGGACAGAUAUCAGUUUGCUGUCAGGAAGGAUUAA